CCACCCUCGAUAUAUAGGCUCCAGCCCCCGCCUCUCCCUUCCGUAGAGCUAUUUUCUUCCGAGGGUCGUUUUGCCCCAGAAACCCUAACCCUAACCCUUGCCGCCGUCCCCACUCCAAAAGCUUCCCUGCGCGAUCGAUCGGUCGCUAUCAAAUCUUGAGAUCAAGCCCUGAUUUUCUUCCCCGCCUUUAUUUUGCUUCCGUUCGAUCCUCGUUUCUGGAGAUCUAUAACCGCCGGAGUUUCUUUCUGCUAUUUCUGGUUCCUUGAGGCGAUUGGAUCGCAGGUCUCGGCUUUUUCCGAGUGGUCUAGGGGCCGAUUUGCUGCGUUAGCUACAGAUUUGAAUCUAGGGAGAGGGGAGAUCGCAGGCGGGCGGUGAUGUCUCGGUGCUUCCCGUAUCCGCCACCGCCUCCGUAUUACAAGGAGGGCCUGAUCGAAUCGAUUAAGAAAGAAAGUGAAAAGGCGAAGAAGGAGAGGAGGAAGGAAAAGAAAAGGGAGAAGAAAGAGAAGAGGGAGAAAGCUGGUCAAGAGCAUGAGGAAUCCAAACGCUCAAAACAUGGCCACAAGAAGAGAAAGUAUGAGGAAGGGAGCAAGCUGAAUCAGAAGGAUACCUACGAUGCAAAAGCAAAACCAAUUGCUGGUGUUGUUGAGCAGUUGGAGAGGAGUGGCCUCACAGAAGAGCAUGAGCAGCCAUACUCUAUUCAGAAUGUCUAUGACUCCUCUGAGAGCUCCCAGGACAGCAGCAAGAGGAGGAAGCUUGUGGCCACCAAUGUCAACCAGAAUAGCUAUGGUUCAAUCCUUCGUAUCAGGUUACCACUGAUCAAACAAAAAGAUACUACACUAUCAACGAGCAUGCCAAAUGUGAAAGAAAAAGAUCCAACGCGACCUGCAAGCAUGCUAGUUUUGAAACAAAAAGAUCGAGAGCCACCUGCCACCAUGCCCAUGGGGAAACAGAAGGAUCUAAAGCCACCGACAUUGAAUCAAACAGAUAUAGACCUUCCCAGAAAUAGUAAAGAACCAUGCUUCUCUGGAAGGGUCACGGAAACUGCCCUUGAAAUGGAAGCAGCAAAAUCUUCUUAUAGCAAGUCUAGCUUAAAAAGGAAUAGGAGGAUCCAUGAAAUGGAAAGGCAGUUCAGAGAACUUCCACUGAACUGGAACCCUCCACCGUUGCAGCUGGAGUAUUCAGAUAUUGGCAACCAAGACUGGCUGUUUGGGUCUUCAAAGCAACGUUCCAGCCUUAAUUCCAAAAUGGUUAAAGCCCACACCGAAGGCUUGUUGAGUCAUGAUGGAAGCAGUGUGCCAUCUUCUCUGCAGCCUCUAGCUUGCUAUCUACCUGACUUUGCUACUUAUCAACUGCCGUAUGUGAUUCCAUAUUGAACUUCUGGAGGAACAUGCUCAUUGUAUGAGAGCAUAUUAUAAUUAAAUACGAGAUGGGAAACGCUGGGACAGGAAGCAGUUUUUCUUUUUCUUUUUUGUGUUUUCCGAGGGUGCUGUUGAGAGUAAUUUGUAUUUAAGGUUUUAAGUUGGGCUGUAUGCCAAUAAAAUAUAUGAUCGAUUCAAUAGCUCAUUCUUUUCCAGAAA